UAUUUUGGGGUGGAAGUAAAACUUUACUCUUCUUUAUGUGGCGAUGCUGAAUGAAAGUUUAGAUGGGUUAGAUCUAAUUGAAAAGCUUAAGGGGUUGUUUUCUCUGUUAUUUUAUAUGAAGAUGUUAAAGAAUGAGUCAAUUUCUUCUUUUCACCGAAAAAGUAUUUAUCUUGUUUUAAUAUAGCAAUUGGACUUUGCUUGAGAAGAAUGGAGUUUUGGUUGUUUUGGCUAGCUAUGGAUUUCCCCCUGUUUUUUCAUUGUCUUUUUCAUGCGAUCCUCGUGUCGGUUAAACCCAAUGCAUGCAGCUCUGUUUUCGUGUUCCAUGAGGUGCUUAUGUGUUGUAUCAUGUAAUGCCAGUUUUGGAAUUUCUUUGAUAUGUGUCUUUUGUUUCUGUUUUAUGAGGAGGUUUGGGUGGUGCUGAAAAGUGUGUGUGGAUUAAGCAACUUGUGAUCAUUGCCAAUACUCUAAGCAUGUUUCUCAAAUUCACAUCAAGCAGUUUGUGAUGAAGAUUGAGUAAGAAAUUCAUUUUUUCUAUGAGGUCAAUCAAAUCAUGGAGGUGGCCCACGAGAAAAAGGAGUUUCUUGCCUAAUGGGAAAAUCAAGUUUGAAGAUGACACAACUGCCUUUUAUGGCGGUUGUUUGUAUAGUAAUGUUGUUUGUUGUGUAUAGGACUCUAAAGUAUCAAAGUUACCAAGAACAGAUAGACAAACAGUGGAAUAUCAGGGAAGAGGAAAAGGCAUAUACCGAAACUUCUGGAAACCUGAAGGGCUUACCACAAGGUAUAAUACAAGCUACUUCAGAUCUUGAGUUAAGGCGUUUAUGGUCGCCAAGUAAUUUGAGGUCAAAGGCUAGUGUUUACUCCAAUCGCAACUUACUGGCAGUUGCAGUUGGUAUUAAACAAAAGCAUAAUGUAGAUGUGAUGGUGCAAAAGUUUCUUCCAGAUAAUUUCACAAUUAUUUUAUUUCAUUAUGAUGCCAAUCUGGAUGGGUGGUGGGAUCUUAGUUGGAGUAGCAAGGCCAUACAUAUAACUGCUCAAAACCAAACAAAGUGGUGGUUUGCAAAAAGAUUUCUACAUCCAGAUAUAGUUUCUAUUUAUGAUUAUAUCUUUCUCUGGGAUGAGGAUUUAGGGGUGGAACAUUUUUCUCCAUCAAGAUACAUUGAAAUUGUGAAGGAAGAAGGAUUGGAGAUAUCUCAACCAGCCCUUGACCCAAAUUCGACAGAGAUACAUCAUAGAAUUACAGUUAGAGCUAGGACUAAGAAAGUUCAUAGGAGAGUCUAUGAACUCAGAGGCAAUACUAAGUGUUCAGACGCAAGUAAAGGGCCUCCAUGCACUGGGUUUGUGGAAGGUAUGGCUCCUGUUUUCUCUCGAUCUGCCUGGUAUUGUACUUGGCAUCUUAUACAGAAUGACCUUGUCCAUGGAUGGGGAUUGGAUAUGAAAGUAGGAUAUUGUGCACAGGGAGAACGCACUCAAAAUGUGGGAGUUGUUGAUAGUGAAUUUGUUGUUCACAAGGGAAUACAAACUCUGGGUGGUAGCGACGAUCCAACUAAAGUUUCAAGUCAGAAAAGGAAAACUCCGAGACACGGUGCAGCGGCCUUUGAUCAACGAGUUGAGAUACGAAGACAAUCAACAUGGGAACUUGAAGUCUUCAAUGAGCGGUGGAAUAGAGCUAUUGCUGAGGACAAAAACUGGGUUAAUCCAUUCAAGAGUGAUAAAAAACGCAUUAGACAAAGGCAGAAAACCAACCGGUUCUCUUAACCACUUAUUUUUGUCUAACCUGGUUUCAUAUGUUAGCCCUUCUUCAUUCAUAGGGCAUUAGUUUUUUCAUUUUUUUUUAUAUAUAGGCUUAAUUUAGUUUUUGUAGCUGAAUGAAUUCUCAAUUCAUUCAAUUUUGGAACCUCAACAUAUUUCUUUAUAUUCUUUUGUUCUUUUCUUCAUGUCA